GUAUAAAUACUGAGAGACGUGCUCAGUCGUCACAGAUCUGGAUCACUGAAUUAUCAUCAUGAAGGUCUUUGCUGUAAUCCUUGUGCUGGCUGUCCUAUCAGGCUGCCAUGCGAGAAGUGUGCCUCAGGACGAGAGGAAGAACCCCUGGGAGGAAGCGGUCGACAGGUUCAACGAUUACUUCACGGACCUGAACUCCAAGGCCGACGAAGUGGUGAAGGACAUCAAGAGCUCGCAGAUCAGCCGAGAACUGGACACCCUGAUCCAGGACAGCAUGUCCGAGCUGGCCAUGUACAAGGACGACAUACAGACCAAGCUGGCCCCCUACACCCAGGACUCUGUGGAGAACCUGGGCAGGGACCUGCAGAGGCUGACCAACAAACUUGGCGACCACAUGAGCGAGGGGCGGGAGCAGAUGGAGAAGUACGGCCAGGAGCUGCAGACCAUGAUGGAGCAGAACGCCGACGACGUCAGGGUCAGGGUCUCGGCCUACACCCGCAAGAUGAAGAAACGCCUCAACAAGGACACCGAGGACAUCAAGAGACGCGUUACUGAAUUCUUUGAGGAGCUCCAAUCCAGCACCUCUAACAACAUGGACGACGUGAGGACGCGUUUGGACCCUUACUUUGCUAAGGUGCAAGAAAACGCCCAGGCCAAGAUCACCACCCUCAACGAUCUGCUGAAGUCGCAGGCGGAGAACAUGAAGGACAAGAUUCAGACCACGGCCGAGGACAUCAAGGUGCGCUUUGAGAAGACCGCCGAAGCCCUGCGAUCCACCCUGGAGGACAAGAUGGAGGAGCUGAAGACCUGGUUUCAGCCUUUUGUCUCUAUGAUCAGCGAUAGCAUGUAGAACCUCUAAUCACUUUCUGCAUUCAAAACCACCUCCAGAAACAUUUUCAUAAUUAAAGUUAUUCUUUGUUUUAUUACAAAUGUCCAACACAGUCUGAAUGUCUGAGUGUCACUGAAGGCCCUUCAAUAAAAAUAAAGAACAACUGCUCACA